AUGUCAUCAACACCUCUCUUGCUCCCUUACCGUCAUGUUCCUCUGCCGAUUCCUCGGAACAACUCGAAUACUCAAUGGCCGAGUGCAUAUGUGCGCAUCUUAGGAGUCGAAAGUGACACAAUUUACUCACCAUUAAACGACAGUUGGCGGUCGCCCCGUAUCCAAGUCGUGCUUGAGGAUCGGGAAAUGAGAGAGCGCUUUUCUGUGUCAUUUGGAGAUCCAAAAUGUCCCGUGGUGGCAGGAGACAUAACGAAUAUCAUGGAUGAUGCAGAUGCCGAUGCAUUGGAGCCAUCUAUUGACAGCGAUGGCCUUGGCCUCCUUUUCCGACUUAGUGCUUAUAUCUCCGGUCAACAACAUUUCUUAGCAGAUGUCCACCAUGAUGAUGUCCCUCCAGCACGCUUUCAGGAGGAUGCUGCCCGCCCCAGAAAGGAAGGCACACAUGUCGUGGACUCUGCCAUCUGGAUGCAACGAGCAACCGGACAAGGUAGCUGUGUAUUCAUCCCAAUCAUAAUCAAGCGCAAAAUGGAAUUCUCUGACUUGGCGAUCCCUCGGAAGCAACGAAUACUUGAAUCAUUCCCCGAAGAUGGCAUGCGUCACCUUCUCGCUAUGCCCAUGAAACUAAUUCAUUGCAACAUGGACCUCAGCCCUACUGCAAAGCGCUUGUAUAGGGAGGUGCAUAAAGCGGACACUCAACUGUGUCCCUUUAUGAUCAAACGCGCGAAAUCUCACGAGCCGUCCAAUGCCAGGACUUCCAUUUUAUCACUACCCGUGGAAAUUCUCAUUAUCAUUGCCAGUCCACUAGGAGUAGGAGAUCUUCACUCCCUUACCCAAGUUUCCUCUGUGCUGAGAGAGAUCGCUGGUCCUCUCUUCUUCGCCAUCAGGAAUUUUCCAACUUCCCCGCAGGAUAUGUUUAACCUCCACGACAGAUACUUUUCGUCCACCACGCAUGAUGCUGUGCUGGAUGAAGUUGAUGUGCGACCCGCACAGCUCUCUGCAUUUUCACAUUUCCUGCAAUCCAUCCCCCGCAAAUCCCUACGAUACAUCACGCUUUUCUGGAGUUUCAACAUUCUCGCCUCCCCCGUUUUUCCACAGAUAAUCGCGUUCCUCGAGAAUAUCUGUGCCUCCGGCUGCGAAGAGCUCACAUGCAUGGGAUUCUCCGACUACAUGUGCUCGCCAUCCGUCUUUGGGCUCGCCAAAAUUAAGGUGCACCCAGGUUUGAACCGCCUGAAAUGCUUCGAGGCAUCAUCUUGGGUGUUCUUUUCUCCUGAGCUCCUUCCUUUCACGAUGCAGACCAUUCAUUCAUCCUCUUUGGAGAAGCUUCGAUUGGGCCGUGUGGGUCUCAGUUCUGCGCAGUGGGAUAAGCUCCUGCGACACUUGUCGAACUACGGGUCGAUGCUGAUUGUGCACCGUCCACGCUGA